AUGGUAAAUUGGCUCCACGAGCAGCAACUCCGGAAGCAAUACGCCUCGGGAUUUGACCCUUUCGAAGGCGUGGUGUUGAAAAAGGCACGGGGGAACUUCACAUGCUGUCCUAAGCAGUUGGCGAUAUUCCCUGAGGGGAUCUACGCUAUGGUUUCGCUGAUGAAUGUUCGGUGCGCGAUGACGGUUAACACACCCGUUGUGAGUGCCAUCUUGCGUAAUCUCAAAACCCACAAGGUUUGUUUUGUCCCUCUCUCAGAUGGGUUGCACGUGCAGGUUCUCAAGACAAUGAACGACCUACCAAGAUGUCAGUUACAUCAUUUUGCAGCCUUCAUCGAAGACACUGAGAUUCUGGUAGUUUGGGAUGACGAUCCGGAGCAGUUGCUCCAGCGCGCAGAGAAGCUUGAGGGCAAGCUUAUGGAACUGAUUUGGGAAGGUGAAAAUACAGAAGAGAGUGAGAGCACUAAAAAGAAGAGGGUAGCCCAGGAGGCUGUCCACGAGCUUGAUCCGAAUGCUCUGGAGAAAGCACUCUCCGAGGAGAAGCGGCCAGUACGGCUGGAGAGUGCCUCCAUGGUCGCUUGCACUCUCGCUCUCUGCCUUAGUUGUGUCGGGCUUGGAUUUCGAAACAUUGCGUUGGGAAUAGCUAUCGACGGUAAUUAUUCCGUCAUUGCCCUAAUUGCUGCCGUUCCAGCCCAGUUCUUCGUUAGUUUGUUCAUGUUCCAAGUUUUAGUCACCAAUUUGUUUCAGGUUUUCGGACCUAUCUCAGCGGUAGGCCAAAAUUCGAAAUACUACUCCGGGAAGCCUCCUAUCCGACUCGCUCGAACAACAGGACUUCCCCAUGUCACUAUUCAGAUGCCUGUUUAUAAAGAAGGACUAGACGCUGUCAUCCGGCCAACGGUCAUAUCCCUCAAGACUGCAAUCUCGACCUACGAAAUGCAAGGCGGAACUGCCAAUAUCUUCGUGAAUGAUGACGGGAUGCAGGUCAUUUCGGAGAAUCUGAAAGAGGCUCGCCGCGAUUUCUAUGAUGAGCAUAAUAUCGGAUGGGUUGCUCGGCCGAAAGACAAUCCCCAGGGCGAGAAUGGAUUACCUGGGUUCCGUCGACGCGGGAAAUUUAAGAAGGCUUCGAACAUGAACUAUGCGCUGCAUGUGUCGAACAGGGUUGAGGAAAAACUUCAGAAGAUAUCGCGGACACCUAGAUGGACGCAAGACGACGAAAAAAAAGAGUAUGCCGCUUGUCUGGCACAAGUACUUGAGGAAGAUGAAGGACGAACUGAGGCAGACGGUAAUAUCCGCAUCGGAGAUUACAUCUUGCUGAUUGACUCUGAUACGAGAGUACCGAGCGAUUGCUUGUUCGAUGCCGUAAGCGAGAUGGAGCAGUCGCCUAGCGUGGCACUCAUCCAGUUCAGCUCUGGUGUCAUGCAAGUUACUCGAUCAUACUUCGAGAAUGGAGUCACCUGGUUUACCAAUCUAAUAUAUUCAUGCAUCACCUUCGCAGUUGCGUCUGGGGACUCAUGCCCUUUCGUCGGCCAUAACGCUAUACUGAGAUGGUCUGCUAUUCAAGAUGCUGCGGCCUAUAUGGACGAAGAUGGCUACGAGAAAUUUUGGUCAGAGUAUCAUGUGUCCGAAGAUUUCGACAUGGCCUUACGCCUCCAAGUGGCAGGAUACUCCCUGAGAUAUGCUUCCUACACCGGGGAUGGAUUCAAGGAAGGCGUCAGCUUAACUGUGUACGACGAGUUGAAAAGAUGGGAGAAGUACGCAUAUGGUUGCAACGAACUCGUCUUCCAUCCUUUUCGGUUCUGGAUCACUAAAGGCCCGUUUACUAAACUCUUCAAGAAGUUCAUUUUCUCUUCUAUCCCUCUCCCAAAGAAGGUAACAAUCCUAGCAUAUAUCGGCACGUACUAUGCAAUUGCCUCUGCCUGGCUUAUAACACUGAUGAACUACUUUAUUACGGGUUGGUUUCAUGAACUUGCCGACAAGUACUAUCUUGACUCGUUCUCCAUCUACAUCGCGACCGUUUUUGUCUUUACAGGGUUCGGUAAUAUCGCUCUGGGUGUUUUGCGUUACCGGCUCAACCAGAAGGACCUACUCCAAGCAGUUUUCGAGAACUUCCAAUGGGUCCCUAUGUUUACUAUCUUUCUCGGUGGCAUCUCACUCCACCUCUCACAGGCGAUCCUGUCUCACUUCUUCGAGAUCGACAUAAACUGGGGUGCAACAUCAAAGGAGGUUGAGGAUGUCAAUUUCAGGAAGGAGAUCUUACGCAUAGUCAAAGAUUUCAAGUGGACGUUCUUUUUCUGCUUCUCAUGCACUGCGCUUAUUAUCAGCGGCUACUAUGCUUUUCCAUUGUUUUGGCGCAUCCAGGCCUUCUAUUGCAUAUACCCGCUUACUAUAGCUAUUAUCGGUCACUUUGCCUUACCAGUUUUCCUCAAUCCUGCGUUAAUGAAAUUUACUUGGUAG